ACCUAAACGAUGAGCAAUAACACUUCCAAUUCCAAGCCGGAACGCACUGCACAACAUCAAACGCAAGCCACUAGCUCCUCUUCCUCAUCAACACCUCCUUCUGCGUUGAAUUCAGUAGUCUCCAAGCUAAUGCGAGCCGCUGUAGGAGGGGUCCCCAAUGAUAUCCCAGACGAUGACCUCGACCGCUAUAUUGCUGAUACAAUCUUGAGGGAAGCGGCGGUAGCCAACAAGCGCUACAACGAGGUUGGCAUCAGUGCCUUUUUGGGAAAGAACAGUCUUCCAAAGGCCAAUAAGCGCUUUCUAGCCAGUGUUAUUCGAAGUACAGACGCGCAUAAUGAUGCAUUGUUGCGAAAGGAGCGGGAAGAGGCGGAACUGCGACUGCGGGACUUCAAAAGGCGGCAGAGAAGAGAAUUGCAUCCAGACAGUCGAGAUCGACGACGUUCGCGUGGGGAGAGCUCAUCGUCAGUUCUGGUGGGAACAUGGGCAGAUGAAUCGCGAAGAGGCAUCGACCGGCAACGUAGGGCUUACAAAUCAUCACAGUCCCCAGACUCUAGACGACCGUCCUCGCCGGUAUGGUCUUCACCCCCGUCACCUCGAGAGCAUAGAUACACCCAGCGUGCGAUGGUUGCGUCCCGCUCACGCUCUAGGUCACCCUCUCGAUCUUCCCUGAGAGAACGACGAAGAGACAGUUCGCCACCCUCUUCUGGAGAAGGAGGACGAAAUAAGCGGCGAAAGUCGAAAAGUGCUGAAACUGCUGGUAUCGUCAGAAAAGAUAAAAAGCUUAUGGAUGAACUGAAUCGUGCUCGAAGGUCGCAGGGGCCAUUGCCGUCUAUUGAUUGCUCGUCAAUAUCUGGAGAAUCAGGUGGCAAUGAAGAUGUUUUCUCUCUGAAGACCUCUGAUAGUGGUCCUGUCCGCGUGAAACGCGGCCGGGGAGGGGUGGGAUCCUCACGGCUAGACAAAUUUUUCCAAGAGGGCUACGAUCCGGGUCUGGAUAUUUCUAACUACGACGAUGAAAGCCUGGUUCACUACGUGAAUAGGCUGGAGGAGCUGGCUGACGAACAAGUUAAAGCGGAAGCGUUGCAUGCAACGGACAUUUCUCCCUCACCAAAAAAGAAGCAUCGGGAGAGCAGCAAGCACAAAAAGAAAAAGUCCAAAAAGAAGAGCAAGAAGCGAAAGCGGGAUGGAUCUGUAUCGAGUGAGACCAAUGAGUCAGACAUAGGGGAUCGUGAAUAUGGACCAAGGAAGCAUGAGAGCCGGGCGAGAUCGCACAGCCCGGAUAUGCGCGCGACACUGCCGGCUGCAUGUCCGUGGUAGCGGUGUGCUAUCUUGUGCAUCUGCUUCGGGAGAAUUUGUUGAUUUCAAUCUAAUAUAUAAUAUUUGUUCCAUUGUGACAAUGGUGCUUUCCAC